UGCCGUGGGAGUGGAGUUGGGUAGGACUCCCGCGCCCAGCCCCCCUGACGUCCCCGCGUUGGUCAGGUCAGACCCUGAAGAUGACGGAGGUGGUCGGGGGACCCAGCGUUCCAGAACCCAGCGAGAUCCGGGCUCUAAAGCAGUGUCUCCUGUGUCGCAACCACAGCCGGGAACAGCACGGCGUGGCGGCCUCCUGCCUCGAGGAGCUGAGGAGCAAGGCUUGUGACAUUCUGGCCAUUGACAAGUCCCUGGCACCAGUCACCCUGGUCCUGGCAGAGGAUGGCACCAUAGUGGAUGAUGACGAUUACUUCCUGUGUCUUCCUGCCAAUACUAAGUUUGUGGCACUGGCUGGGAAUGAGACGUGGGCUUACAACAAUUCAGAUGGAGGUACGGCUUGGAUUACCCAAGAGUCCUUUGAUAGAGAUGAAACAGACAGCGGGGCAGGGUUGAAGUGGAAGAAUGUGGCCAGGCAGCUGAAAGAAGACCUGUCCAGCAUCAUCCUCCUGUCCGAGGAGGACCUCCAAAUGCUUAUUGAUGUCCCAUGCUCAGAGCUGGCUCAGGAACUCAGCCAAAGUCGUGUCGCAGUCCAGGGGCUCCAGAACGCCCUCCAGCAGGUCCUUGACCAGAGGGAGGAAGCCCGUCAGUCCAAGCAGCUCUUGGAGCUUUACCUCCGGGCUUUGGAGAAGGAGGGCAGCAUCCUGUUGAAGCAGCAAGAGUCCAAAGCUGGCCUCGGUGAUGAGAGGGAUGCAGUUGACACGGGUAUUGGAGAGAGCUCCUCCGAAACUGCACUUACGAGCCAGAUCCUUAAUGCGCUGAAGGAGAAACCCGCACCAGAGCUGAGUUUGUCUAGUAAAGAUUUGGAGUUGGUUGCCAAGGAGGACCCUAAAGCACUGGCUGUUGCUUUGAACUGGGACAUAAAGAAGACGGAAGCUGUUCAACAGACCUGUAAUCAGGAACUUAGCCUGCGCCUCCAGCAGGUACAGAGCUUGUAUUCUCUGAGGAGCAUUUCAGCAAGGAGGAGUUCGCUGCCUGGAGAAGUGCAGAAUCCCAAACAAGCCAGACGAGACCCCACAUAGCCGGCAGCCAGAAGCAUGCCAAAGAAAACCAGUGUGACCAGUGUCAGUGUCAGUAAAUACCUUCAGCCUAACCUUUGUAGCUCCCUACAUACUCCUCUACCCCCUGCCUUCGAGAAUGUUCUCCUGGAACAGGCUGGAAGACAGGCUUCAUGCCCUUUCCAGAAAAGCUAUUCCAGAUCUCCACAUGGACUCUCUGACCUAUUUUGAACCACAGAGCUGCACCAGCAAUAUCCCACCUCCUCUAACUGCAAGUUCUUAUGUUCUCUGACAGUAGUUGUAAAGGGCAGGGAAAAGAAAUUGUCAUAUUUCAGACCCACUAUUAUUUUUUUAACUUUUUUUUCUUCUACAUCAGAUAAAUGGUAUAUCUCUUUCAAGAUUCAAUCUGUUGAACUAUGCAACCAUCAUAGUAAUAGACCCACUAUUCUUAUUCUAAAGAUGCAACUGCAGAAUUUUAAACACAAAAUAACAGUAGAGAAGAUGACAUAUCAGAGUGUUGAUUAUGGCCACAAACUUGUUUCUCAAGUUAAGGAAUUUUUUCGUUUGUUUUAAAGGCACGUAUUAAAUUUGCAGACCAUAGGGACAUAUGGAGAGUAAUUCACCAUUUCUAAUAUCUAAUUCAGUAUUGUGAAAUUAUAUGCAUUACCACAGUGAAACUUUUCAGUUUUCUAAUGUGUUUUAUCAGCAGGGGGUAUAAAACGGUCAUUAAAUCAGUCUCCAUGAGAUAUGACUCCAGGUCUCUCUGGGUGCAAAGCAGAGACUUCUGGUUUAUAUUCCCCGUUUCUGUACAAGCUUGUUCUUCGGGUUUUGUAAUCUACAAUGCAGUCUCUUUGCAGGGAAAAGAUAAUUAGUUACUGACUUAUUUGACUUACUUUUUAAGCAUACUUAGAGGAAAACAGAAUGCUAUUAACAGAUACAUUGGCUAAUUAUUAAGUAAAGAAAUACAACGAUAAGUAAGUCCUAGGGCGAGGGAGAGGUACAGAAAACAAACAGAACAAAAAGAACUGUUUCCUUCUGCUGUGCCCUUCCUCAAGGAGGACUCAGACCUACGCAGCGUGCUCUUACUAAUGCCUUACGUAUUUGGUUCUCACUUAUUAGCCCCAAUAUUUCUUUUUUAAUAGCAUAUUUUAUAAUGCCUUCUUAAUUAUCCUUAAAUGAAAGCCAGAGUUGAUAACCUACCUAUGUGCAUACCUUCAUCAACAUAAUACCCCCAAAUGUAGUAUUUCAAAAGAAAUAAAGGAAAAUAAUUUCCAACAAAA